AUGUCUGUUCAUAAAAGUCCUAAAAACUCAAUUUUAAGCACUGCUCGUACAAGACCUUAAACAGCAUUGACAAGUCCUAGAGUGCCUUAGGUAAUAUAAAUUCCUAAUGAUGAUCAAGAUUAACAAACAUAGAUCAACAAAUGCACAGCCACUACAAGUCUUACACCCAAAAGUCUGAUCAAACUAUAAGAGAGGAAAACUAAUGUAGGAGGAAGACCUGAAAAUUUAUCGUGUAAUUUAAGGGUUACAAAAGAGUAAGCAGAAAUUGAUCCACCUGAAGAUUACUUUGAAAAGGAAGUUUAAGUCAAUCAAGAUGAAUAUGAACAAUUUAAAAAGAACUUCCAUAGGAUUGUUUUUGAUGCUUUUGGAAAUUAUAUUUACACCAAACCAGGACCUAUUGAUGAAGAUUUUAAACUAUAAGUUUCAUCAGCGUUAAAUACUCAUAAGCAGACUUCAAGUACCUUAAAAUAAAAACUCUAAAUCAAAACUCAAAGCUUCCAGCCUAAGAAGACUAUUGAGAACUUGGUGAAAAGUACAUCAGAGAUAGCCAAGAUGAACCCAAGGAGAAGAGCAAUUUUGGAAAUCAAACAAAAAGCAGAGAACUCACUUUAUUAGAUGAUCAAUAAUCUAGCCAAAGAUAAAGUCUUGAGUGAAUCAAAGUCUCUAUUAGAAUAAGUUACACAAUAAAUGCUUAUUUAUAUUGAUAAAUUUACAAGAGAGAACUAAGAACUUACCGAUUAAUUGGAAAUGGCCAAAGGAAAAAUCUUUGAGUUGUAAAGUUCGAAUGAGAGUUUAAAUUUCAAGAAUAUCCAACUUCUAAAAGAAAUAAAGAAUUCGAAACAUUAAUUGGAUGAACUUAAGAGGAGCACUGUUGAUAUUGAGAAAUUCAUUCCUCAAUACAACAUUAUGACCAAAAGAUUUGAAAAUUUUUAGGCUGAAAAAUUUAUAGACAGAUAUGAUUAUUUUGAAAAUUCCAAUUUACUCCUUACUAAAAGAGUUUCAGACUUGGAAUUGGAUACUAUAUAACUUGAGAAAUAAAUAGUGCAUUUGUAAAAGGACUUAGAAACUAAUCAAUAAAUAAAUAAACAUCAAUAUGAUACUAAAUUACAUUCUCCUCCUCAUAAACAAGAUUUACCUAAUUAAGACUAUGAAUAAUACAAAGAUAUGUAUUUGAACUUGUUUAAGAAAAUUCUGUAAAUCUAUAGUAAUUGGACCACAAAAUCCAAGGCUCUAUUACCAGAUAAAAUGGAUGAAGGUCCAAGGGCGAAUUUGGUUGAACCUUUAGAAAUGCUAUAAAAUAUAGAAAAAAUGAUAUCUAUUUCCUCUAAUGAAAAACUACAAUCAUAUUUAAGAAAGAUAAUCGUUAGUGCUAACUAAUUGUAAAGGAAAUAUCUAACUGAAAAUGUAAAUGAAAAAUUUGAUCCUGACAAAAUUUAUGGAAGAAUCAGUAAAUUAGUUGAUAACUUAAAGGCUUAAAUUUCUAAUUUACAAAGUCAAGUGCAGAGCUAUAAAUAAUCAUAAAAUUGUCUAACUUAACUACAAACAUAGAGAUCUAAGUCUUUUUUUCAUGAGAAGGAACAAAUUUGA